CUGGUCAGUGAGAAGGUUGGCGGGGCCGAGGGGACCAAGCUGGAUGAUGACUUCAAAGAGAUGGAAAAGAAGGUGGAUGUCACCAGCAAGGCUGUGGCGGAAGUGCUGGUCAGAACCAUCGAAUACCUGCAGCCCAACCCAGCCUCACGGGCCAAGCUCACUAUGCUGAACACCGUAUCCAAGAUCCGGGGUCAAGUGAAGAACCCCGGCUACCCACAGUCAGAGGGUCUGCUGGGCGAGUGCAUGGUCCGCCAUGGCAAGGAACUGGGCGGAGAGUCCAACUUCGGUGACGCCCUGCUGGACGCAGGCGAGUCCAUGAAGCGCCUGGCUGAGGUGAAGGACUCACUGGACAUUGAAGUGAAGCAGAACUUCAUCGACCCGCUGCAGAACCUGUGCGACAAGGACCUGAAGGAGAUUCAGCAUCACCUCAAGAAGCUGGAGGGCCGCCGCCUGGACUUCGACUACAAGAAGAAACGACAGGGCAAGAUUCCUGAUGAGGAGCUGCGCCAGGCCCUGGAGAAGUUUGAGGAGUCCAAAGAGGUGGCAGAGACCAGUAUGCACAACCUCCUGGAGACUGAUAUCGAGCAGGUGAGCCAGCUCUCGGCCCUGGUGGAUGCCCAGCUGGACUACCACAGGCAGGCAGUGCAGAUCCUGGAGGAGCUGGCGGACAAGCUGAAGCGCCGGGUGCGGGAAGCCUCCUCACGCCCCAAGCGGGAGUUCAAGCCCCGACCUCGGGAGCCCUUCGACCUCGGAGAGCCAGAGCAGCCCAAUGGGGGAUUCUCCUGCACCCCAGCACCCAAGAUCACAGCUUCCUCCUCAUUCAGAUCGACAGACAAGCCCGCAAGGACUCCCAGCAGGAGCAUGCCACCCCUGGACCAGCCAAGCUGCAAGGCGCUGUAUGACUUCGAGCCGGAGAAUGAUGGCGAGCUGGGCUUCCGUGAGGGUGACCUCAUCACACUCACCAACCAGAUCGACGAGAACUGGUACGAGGGGAUGCUGCAUGGCCAGUCGGGCUUCUUCCCGCUCAGCUACGUGCAGGUGCUCGUGCCCCUGCCUCAGUGACCGCGCCUGCACGCUGGCUGCUGGUCCCAGUGCGGCAGCGACCUAACGCCACGGUGCUCUAGAAACACUAACGUUCCUCCGGGGGACCCUCUCCCUAUCCCCCAGCCCUGGGCCUUCAUCCUAAGACUCAGGAAGGCCCACCCUGACGUUUUAUCGCCUUUCUGGUGGUGGCAGCUCCCACCUGUUCAACCCCUCCCAGCCCGUUGCUGGCGAUGGGCCCAGGCCCCCCUCCCGGCUCCCCAGAGGCAGGCAGGUCCUUGGGGUCCCCAGCCUGCAAGUCGAGGCUGGCCAGCUCCCCAGCUCAGCACACGGAGACGCCUGGCCCAGCUGCACAUGCAGAAGUGCUCGAGGCACACAGCACAGGUGCACACCUCCCAUGGGACCACACCCAGCUCAGCGCUGCCGGAGGCCCAAGCACAAAGGCCAUGAAGAGAGGACAUUCCCGGGUUCCUGAGCCAGCUCCGUUGCUACCCUACACCUGUAGGCCACCACAGGCAGCUGGCAGGUCCCUUUUCAACCAGCAGGCCUGCCGUAGCCCAGGCUCUGCAUCAAACCCUGCCAGGCUCCAGGAAGGGAGGCCUUCAGCCUGGGCUCAGUUACAUUCCUCUCGACAGCAGCCCCACAACCAGUGGCUCAUCCCUGCCAUGUGGGGCCACACCCCACAGCCCCAGAUGGGCAACACUGUCCUGCUCCAGCCCUGGCUGAAGUGAACUUUACUCCUGAUUUUUAAAAAAAAAAAUAUUAAAUGUCUCUUUCUACA